CAUUCUAGACGGUCUGGUCCGGAUCAAACUGUUUUGUCCGAUUUGAUCCACAAUUUUUCAAAAGAUCUUGUCUAUUUUUCCGCCCUAAUAGGAAAUAUUUAUUAACAAAUAAUAAUUUAAAUAUUUAUUAAGUAGAAAACCUUAUUUUAUUUCAUUAAUAUGUUACAUUUGCAUUGCAUUAGUGGUUGAGAAAGUAUUUGUAUAUAUAAAUUUUGGAUGAUAUCUAUUAUUAUUUUGAUUGUGGUCAAUCACUAGUCGGCCCAACUACCAAAAGUUGGGUAGGUGGGUGGGAUGGUAACCUUUGACACUUUGAUUUUCAAUCUUAUAAUUACGUUUUGGUACCCAAAACUUUUAAAAAUAUUCAAAUUAUUAUUAUUAUUUUGUAAAAAAAUAAGUUUAAUAAUAAUAAAAAAUUAAGGCUUGAUUUGAUAUCAAGUCUUUAAAAGAGGAUUUCAACUAGUGUAAAAUCAGGGAAGCACAAGGAAAGUCCCUCAUUAUCACAUAGUUGAUCGAUAUGAAGGCUUAUACCGAAGUUUGGUUCAUGAAUUUCUUGAACGACUCCUCAAAGAAGUUAGGAUUUUGGCAGAUUCGAAAGUCAGAUUAAACCAAAAUUUCAUAUACAAGCUAUCUGCGUCGAGGUAAUAAAUUUUAUAGUUUUAACUUAUGAAUUUCGGAAAUUAUCUGAACAAAGUCGGAACCGCUAAUUUCUGCUCCGGCUAAUGUAUCAUGUGUUUCUAUUGGAAAUUCAACUUAGAGCCUAGAACUAACAUUGACGGGGACACUGCAGGAGAUACUAGGACGAUUUCAAAUUUUGAUUUCGGGAUCAUUUGUGAAAAUCCAAGUUCUAGUAAAAGAGGCAGAAACCGUACUUGAACUACCAUAAUUUGUGAGGGAUUAGAACGACAUACCGAGUUUUUUAUAUCACAAUGAUUAUAUUUAUGCUUAGAAAUGACCUAGGUGAACUAGAAUUGCAUGAUUAGGGGGUGUAUGGACUUUUGUGCUAUAACCUAUAUGAUGAACCCUAGACUUCUAUAACAUAUUUUUGUCUUGUUUUAAUCGUUAUGGACCAUGUUUAUGUUGAUAAUUGCAUAUAAGUUGCCAUUUGUGGGCUUAACUGUUGAUAUGUCUUAUGAUGGUUUGAGAAGGUACUUGAAUAUAAGUUCACAUGAUUGUUGUAUUUGGAUUCACAAAUGGGAAAAUAUACUUCCCCAAAUGAUACUAUGAUGUUUAAGGAGGAUGACUUUGCACGAGGGUUUAUCCCGAGGAAGUGCAAUAAUACGACUCAUGAUUUACCUUUGUUGAGCCAAUUAUGGCCAAGUUAAGUACAUGUUCAAGUAACGAACUAAUAUUAAGCAAGGUGAGUUAUGGAUCAUGUAUAAGGUUACCAAACAAGAGUGAUUUGGUCUCAUGGUCAAUUACAUAUUAAUUAGGCUCCCCAUGCUAUUACUCUGUGUGAUAGGUUAUGUCACACCCCUUAUGUGGUGUUGACCGAUGAUUUUUCAUGAGAUAUGUAUACACCCAGUGUGGUGUCGUGUAUGACCACACCAAGAGUGGUGUCAGGUCCAAUAUGACUACACCGAUAGUGGUGGGUCCGAUAUGACCACAUCCACGAGAUGUUUGGUUUGUUUUCCCGUUAGAGUAAUUAGCAUGAGAGUAGCCAGACGCCUACAAGUAAAACAUGAUAAGACGCAUAUGCAUAAGUCAAAGUGGUUGAGUCUUUUGUCUAUUGGGAUGUUGGAUGGUUGAGGUCUGUCGCUAGUGUUUUGGCUUGAUUGCUAGAUGUAUGAUAGGGGUAUGCUUUGUUAUGAACUACGAUACAAUGAUUGUCUCACUCAACUAUGAGUUAACCCUCUUUUAUCAUUUCCCCCUACUUAUACCAUGUGUAAGUAGAUCAUUAGCAACAACAGUAGAUAGGUGUUUAGGUGGGAGCUAAGCUAGAGUUGAAGGUAAAAUGAGGUAUGGUCCUCAACUAUUAUGUGCUUGGAUGACUACUUGGGAUUUUGGCCAGUGAUCCACACCUUUUUGUAAAAAUGUUUUGAGAAAGUUUUUCAUGUGCAUACUAGUUUCUGAUGUAGCGUGAGAUAUCCACAGGUGUAGAAUGUUGACUAUAUGUGUGUAUGAGUGUGGUUGUGUUGUAGUGCCGAUUAUGACAUGUAUAUGUAUGGUAUGCAAUUGCAGAGCAUAAAAUUGUGGCUAUGACGAUGAAAAACCAAUCUAUAAGUUGGUGACAUUAGCUCUUUCAGUUUUGAAUGCUCUGCCUAACUAUGUCAUGCAAGCCACCUUUCUCCCUGUUUCUGUUUGCGAAGCCAUUGAUAGGAAAAUUCGUAGCUUUGUUUGGGGUUCUCAGGAGGGGAAAAAGAAAGUCCAUCUUGUUUCCUGGGAAACCCUCUGCAAACCGAAGAGUCAGGGGGGGCUGGGAUUACGUUUUGCUAGGAAUUUGAACACUGCCUACAUGAUUAAACUCGGCUGGAAACUGCUUAAUAACGAGUCUGACCUUUGGGUACAGGUAUUGCAAGGGAAGUACUUCAAAUCCAAGGAUGGUAUGAUCACAUCAAUGAAGACAAGCAAUCCAUCCAACCUAUGGAGAGCAAUCAGGAAAGCGAUGCCUCUGAUGCAAAGUGCUGCAAGCUGGAGCGUCAGAGAUGGGACCACUACAAGCUUCUGGCGCCACCCGUGGAUCGACUAUGGAGUCAUUCUUGAGGACUCCCUGCUGAAAGACAUUCCUGAAACUGAUAGAGCCUCUGAUGUUGCAAGCUGGGUCACGAAUGAAGGGGAGUGGGAUUGGACGAGAUUGAAUGGCCUUCUUCCUCCUUGUUUGCUUGCUCUUAUCGCAGGUAUGGAGACCCCCAAACAUGAGCUGGGAGAGGACAAGAUGAUUUGGGGGAUCGAGCGCGAUGGCAGAUUCAGACUUAGCUCAGCGUACAAGCUUGCAUCCGACCAACUUGACUCGACAAUGGAUCCUCUUUGGGAGAAACUCUGGAAAUGGAAGGGGUCUGCAAGAGCAAAACACUUUCUCUGUCUUGCUUUCCAUGACAGAUUACUCACGAACAAGGAAAGGAAGAACAGGAAGCUUACCGACAACGGAAACUGCAGCCACUGUCCGGAUCAGGAAGAAUCAGUUGAGCACAUUCUUCGUGGCUGCAAGAAAGUGGAAAGAACUUGGGUCAACUUCAGACCCUACCUGACUGAAAGCAGAUUCGACACUCCCUUCCAUCCGUGGCUUAUCAAUAACCUUUGUGAUGAUAAAAGAGGAGUGGAGUUUGGUCUGAUUUGCUGGCAAAUUUGGAAGCAACGGAACGAAGAAUGCAUGGAUGGAGCGAGCUUCUCUGAAGCGAAACUGGCCUGCAAAAUUGAAGCCUGGUUUUUCAUCUUCCAUCAGGCUCAACUGAAUGCUAACAAGUGUUUCAACCCACCAGAGGAACAAAGGGUGGAGAUUGAUCUGGCAUGGAAGCCUCCCCCUGAGGGAUGGGUACAGAUUCAAGCUGACGGUUCUGUCCUCUCGCCCUCAGGAGGAGCUGCUGCAGGAGGGCUAAUCCGCGAUAGCAUGGGUAGAUGCCGUGCAGCCUACGUGUGCAACCUUGGCCACUGUUCAAUCACGGCGGCUGAACUCAAAGGAGCGGCUGAGGGCUUACGUUUGGCUUGGGAUAGAGGAUUUAGAAAGGUUGAGCUCAAGAUUGACUCAACUACUGCGAUUGCUGUGAUGAAAAAUUGCAAGGACGACAGCCACAGACAUGGCCUACUUGCACAACAAGUCAGAGUUCUUUUGGAUCGAAAUUGGAGAGUGCGCAUCUCUCAUGUUUAUAGAGAAUGUAAUUUUGCGGCCGAUUACCUUGCUAGUAAGGGCCAUAGUGUUGAUUUUGGCACACAUAUGUUCGAUGUGAGCGAUCCUGGUCUGACCAAAUGGAUCAACUAUGAUGUUAUGGGCGUUGCCCAACCUCGCUUUAUUUGCAAUGAUAGUUAGGACGCCUUUGCGUCCGUCUUUCUACCCAAAAAAAAAACCAAUCUAUAUGGUUGUGAGUAUAUAUGUAUGUCUAUGAAUGCAGAGAUUCACAUAAAUUAUUUUGCAGGAUUAGUUGCAAGAACUGUUAGCCUAUUACUAGAGUAAUUCAUGUCGAAAUUUUAAUUUGCAUAAUUUUGGGAAUUAAUGUAACACCCGAGAUUAUUUUCGCUGCGAAUGUAUGACCAAUAUGAUUAGGUAAUACGUUUAGGUUAGAGUGUUACAUCAGUUAUCACGUUGGCACAAUAAGUGCUCACAAUGUAG